AUGACGACAACGAAAAAAAUGUCGAUUUUUGUUUUACAACCGAAUGGAUCUCAUUCUCAAUGGCAAGGAGAGAAAUUGAAUAACGUCUAUCAAUUACUUGAAUCAAGUAAUUUCAAACCAAAUAUGAUCGACGAAGAAACAAUGAUGAAUAUGAAGAAUUUGAAAGGCAAAAUGUUCGUUAUCGAACCGUUUGCCGGUCAACUGUUUCAAUAUUUGAAAAACAACAAAGCUUGGGUACUUGGCCCACAAUUGAUUACAACAUGUGUCGAUCAUAAUAUAACUAUUCCAUGUAGUUCGUAUCCUCUCUACUCACUUGCUAUGCAAUCGUUAACUAUUUGCUGCACAAAUCUUCCCCAUGCUGAUCGAGAGACAAUUCGUCGAUCAGUUGCAUAUAUGGGUGGUAAAUUUCAAACAAAUCUCAAUGCUAAUGUCACUCAUCUUGUUUGCGGAACAUGUGCUGCAUCGGAAAAAUACUUCGUUGCGGUUGAGAACGGAAUUCAAGUGAUGAUGCCAGAUUGGGUACAAAAUGUACUUGCACUUUCCGGACAAAAGACUGUAAAAGCAACUGAUUCAACAUUUGAUCGUUUUAAAUGUCCAUUAUUCUAUAAAUUUAUCAUUUCAUUAUCGGGCUUUGCCGAAAGAGAUCGAAAUACGAUUAAACAAUAUGUCGAACGAGAAGGUGCAACAUAUUCACCAAGUUUAAUUAAAGAUCAAUGUACACAUCUAAUUUGUAAAGAGCCAAGAGGCUCGAAAUUCGAACACGCAAUCAAAUGGCGGAUACCAACAUUAAAGCCAGAGUGGAUUUUUGAUAGCAGCGAAAAAGGUUCAUGUUUACGUUUAACUAACUUCCUGUGGUCCGCACCAACUAUCGAUUCAAAUAGUAGCAAAGAAAACGAGAAGCCUAUGGCAAAAGAUGUGGCCGAUUCGUUACCAUCAUCAUCAAAAUCAACUCCGGCUGAUCAACCACGUAAAUCGACAUCGUUAUUGACAACAGAGGAAUUGACUGAACUUGAAGAACGACUUGAUAAAUGGAUGAAUGAUCGAUCAAAGAAAAUUAUCGACGAUUUGUUCGAUGGUCUUAAAGUGUACUUAGGUCAAUUUCCUGCAAAUUUGCGAAUGCGUAUGCAAAAAAUUCUCGAUGGUGGAUGUGCUAUUCGAUUUGAUACAUUGAAUUCGUCUGUCACACAUAUCAUUCGUGGAAGUGAGCCUGCUAUAAAUUAUUCCCAAAUGUCUACACUUGCUUCAAAUGCUCAUAUUGUUCAUCCACAAUGGUUGCUAGAUUGUUGUGAAAAAAGUGAACUUCUGCCUGAGAUUACUUACUUAGCUUCAUCUGAUCGAGACGAAAAACAAGACUCUAGUUCAAACCUGACCAACGAUAACAAGAGAAGUAGUAGCUCGAAUCUGUCCACGCCAUCGAUGAUAUCAUUCACACGGCAAACAACGGGCAGUUUCAAUGUUGAUCAAACAGUACUUCAAGAUGAUACACCUCGUCUUCGUCGAACACCAGGCUCUAGUGUAUCAACACCAACAAUCAUUCCUGAAUACGCACUUUCGCCAUUUUCCUUACUUAAACGUUACUCUAAUGUUCCUCGUCCACCUGUCUUCGAAGAAUCGUUAACUGACACACAAAUCGAUAAAAUAAGUGCCCAACUACCUCCAACAGAGUCUCAAAUCAAUGUCGAUCGAUUGAUGUCUGAUAUCGAUUACUUAAUGCCAACAUUAUUGAACCAAAAAUCAGCAUCAACAAAUCUUGUUUCCAAUGCAGCAUCGAAAACGAAUAAGAUGCCCACGCAUUCAUUCUUUCUUGCUCAACAAGCUAAAUUAGCGAUGAAAACGGAUGAAGCAUCCUCGGGUGUCAAAGUAUCAUGGGUGGAUGAUUCGACGGAAGCAGAACGUCUACGCCAAUACCAAUUACAUAAUUUAGAUGAAAUGACUCAACUCGAUGAGGACUACUAA